GGAAUGAGGCGCUUUCUCUACCACAACAGCACGGUUACAGCCCAGACUGAUUUCCCGGGAUUAAAAAUGACUUGAAGUGACUCGAGGAAACGUUUGGAGGUAGUGAAAAUGGGGCUGUGUUGUAGAAGUCUCAAGGAUGAAAAGAUCCUUAUGAAGAUGGGCUUGGGCCUGGUGCUGGCAGGGCAUUUAAACUUCUUGCUGGGGGCGCUCGUGCAAGGGGCUGUGCUAAGAGACGUGAAAGUGAGCUCGCAGUUUGCCACUAUAGAAUACGCCAUCUCCAACAUCAUCGCUCUAGUGGCAGGACUGACGGCAAUUAUUGGUGGAAUAUCAGCCAUUGUACUUUCUAAAAACAUGAAAAACCAGCCCUUGAAGUGGUCAUUACUGGUGAUGAGCAUCCUGGCAUUCUUCUUUGGCUCCGCCUCUGCAGUGAGUGUCACUGUCUCCAUGGUCACGGCCAUCAGUAAUAGCGGGAUGAGUCUACUGACACAGUGCAACCUGCCAGGCAACAUCAGUGCCUACAAUUCGUACCGCGUCACCAACGAGUGCCCGUUCGACCCCACACGCAUCUACGGGACGACUUUGAUCCUGUGGGUACUGCUGAUCGUGAUGUCUAUGGUGGAAAUGGUGUUUUCUGGACGUUGUUUUGUGGCCAGCACGGCCUUCCUGAGGCUGCCAUGCCCCUGGAGAAAGAGAGCUGUUAAUGCUUCAAGGGUGCGCUUUCGUAUACCAGAGUCUGUACCAGCAUCGCCCGUAACAGUGCAGCACAUUGAUGGACCAGAAGAGGGGGAGCCAUCGGAGGAACAUGAGCUUCUAGAUGCAGCAACGUCUCCUAAGCAGACCAGUGAUUGGUUGUGAGCUGGAUGCACAAUACAGGGGAUUUGGGUGAGGGUCUCUAAUAAAUCUCUGGUCCAAAAUCUAAAUUCUAGGGAUCCCUGAAAAUAAACUUAUGAAACUUAUGUUAUGUUGUCCAUUAGGGAAAAAUAGACUUUCAAAUAUAAAUUCAGGGAAAAGUCAUUGUUUAACUUGCUUCACUCCUGAAACGGUGAGCUUCUGUCUUUUUAGUAUUUUUAAAUAACUAGUGAUGCAGCACUGGUCUGCCUCAAGGUGGCACUGUAGCACAUUGGUUCUCCAAGAUGUCCUUCAUAGCUUAGCAGUUGUAACUAUGCCUGGGAUAACUGUUUUUAAAAAAAAAAAAAUAUAUAUAUAUAUAUAUAUAUAAUGUGUAUGUGUGUGUGUGUGUGUGUGUGUGUGUGUGUGUGUGUGUGUGUAACUUGAAAACUUGCCUGGUUUCCCAAGAGUAAGUUAGUUAUCAGUUAGUCAAUGUUGGACUAGUCAGCCAACACGGGACACCCCCAAAUGUUUUUCACACUCACUGUGAGUCAGUCGUUCAUCUCACCUGAGGCACAGGUGGGUUCACUUUAUUUUGCUCUUCCUCUCUACAUGUAUUACCUCAAAACUUUAAGUUUAAAUCUGGCUUGGAGUCUUCCGUGGAAAAUAAAACAGGAAAUUGAUUCAGGAAAGUUUUAAAUUUACUUUGAAAAAAAUGGUAUGUAUAUUAUAUAGUCUUGUGCAAAAAUGUAAAAACCCCUGGUCAGAU